GGACAACCGCGGAUUGUUGUUUUUGGUUUCCUAAAGAAGACGGACGGUGGUAGCUUUGAGACCUUUGAGUUUCUCCGUUGGACAAUAAGGUUUUGUGUUUCGGCCAGACCCCGUGGGAGGAGAAUCUCAAAAUUAGGGUUUACUUGUUGGGUAAGCUUUAGAAGAAGGUCUGUUUUUCUGGGGCAAAAUUUGGUGGCGUUGAGGCAGCAGCACAAGCUUUAGCUGGACUUGUCGGAAGAUUGUUACAUACACUGAUUGAAUCUAUCUCAGAUUAGGAUUUUACUUGUAUCUCCUUUUGAAGGACUGUUCUCAUCCGGAGGUGAAAACUUAUGGCUGAUAAUAAGUACAACGUUGAGGAAGCAGAGGCUUUGGCCAAGAGAGCCUUGCAAUUACCAAUUUCACAGGCGACGCCGAUCUAUGAGCAGCUUUUGUCACUUUAUCCCACUUCUGCGAGAUAUUGGAAGCAGUAUGUGGAGGCACAGAUGGCUGUAAACAAUGAUGAUGCUACGAAACAGAUAUUUAGUCGUUGUCUGUUGACCUGCCUUCAAGUUCCUCUCUGGCAAUGUUACAUUCGGUUCAUCAGAAAGGUCUAUGACAAGAAGGGAGCUGAGGGUCAAGAGGAGACCACAAAGGCUUUCGAGUUUAUGCUUAACUAUAUCGGGACAGACAUAGCAUCUGGACCUAUAUGGACCGAGUACAUUACCUUUCUAAAAUCUCUUCCGGCUCUUAACUCCUACGAAGAUUCGCAACGACUCCGAAAAGUGUAUCAGAGAGCUAUAUUAACUCCUACCCACCACGUUGAACAACUUUGGAAAGAUUAUGAGAACUUCGAAAAUUCGGUUAACCGUCAAUUGGCAAAAGGACUUAUAAAUGAGUAUCAACCAAAAUUUAACAGCGCAAGAGCUGUAUAUAGGGAGCGCAAGAAGUACAUUGAAGAAAUUGAUUGGAACAUGCUUGCUGUCCCACCAACAGGAUCUUCCAAGGAAGAAAUUCAGUGGGUGGCCUGGAAAAAGUUUUUAUCCUUUGAAAAAGGAAACCCUCAAAGGAUUGACACGGCCUCGUCAACUAAGCGGAUUAUAUUUGCCUAUGAACAGUGUCUGAUGUGUUUAUAUCACUAUCCUGAUGUAUGGUAUGACUAUGCGGACUGGCACGUAAAAUCUGGUUCUACAGAUGCCGCAAUCAAAGUAUUUCAGCGAGCCCUUAAAGCCAUUCCUGAUUCAGAACUGUUGAAAUAUGCUUAUGCCGAGAUGAAGGAAUCUCGUGGAGCAAUUCAGUCAGCAAAGAAAUUGUAUGAAAGCAUUUUGGGAGCUAGCACAAACUCUUUGGCACAUAUACAAUUUCUUCGCUUUCUCCGGAGGGCUGAGGGUGUUGAAGCUGCUCGCAAGUACUUUUUAGAUGCUAGAAAAUCUCCUAGCUGCACAUAUCAUGUGUAUAUUGCUUUUGCUACGAUGGUCUUUUGUCUUGACAAGGAUCCAAAGGUUGCUCAUAAGAUCUUUGAGGAGGGAUUGAAACUCUAUAUGAGUGAACCUGUUUACAUUCUUGAGUAUGCAGAUUUCUUGACUAGAUUGAAUGAUGAUAGAAAUAUCAGAGCUCUAUUUGAGCGGGCUUUAAGCACAUUACCAGCUGAGGAAUCUGCUGAGGUCUGGAAAAGAUUCAUACAGUUCGAGCAAACAUAUGGAGAUCUUGCUAGCAUUCUAAAGGUUGAGCAGAGAAGGAAAGAAGCACUUUCUGGAAAAGGGGAAGAGGGAUCUACUCCUCUAGAGAGUUCACUUCAAGAUGUUAUUUCUCGGUACAGUUACAUGGAUCUUUGGCCAUGCAGUUCUAAGGAGCUUGAUCAUUCAGCCAGACAAGAGUUGCUUGUGAAGAAUCUGGAUAAGAAAGUAGGGAAGACAAAUCUACCUCAUGGUCCUGCAGCUAUAGGUAGUGUAGCUUCUUCGUCGAAAGUUGUUUAUCCAGAUACAUCUCAGAUGGUUGUUUAUGACCCGACAAAGAAAUCAGAUUUUGCUAGUUCUGCAAACCCAGUGUCCGCUUCUGCUUCGAACACCUUCCCAAACAUUGUGACUGCGACUACAACUGCAACUGCUACUGCAACUCAUGGAUCAGCCAGCACAUUUGACGAAAUACCAAAGACUACUCCACCUGCAUUGUUAGCGUUUUUAGCUAACUUGCCUAUUGUUGACGGUCCAACACCCAAUGUGGAUGUUGUUCUGUCGAUAUGUUUGCAGAGUGACUUACCAACAGGUCAAAAUGUAAAGCAGAGUUUCGCUGCUAAAGGCAAUGCUUCAAGUCAAAACGAUCCCUCGGGUCCAACCCGCAGUGGGUCUCAAAGAUUAUCAAGAGACAGAAGAGCUACAAAGAGAAAAGAUUCAGACAGGCAAGAAGAAGAGGAUACAGCAACUGUACAAAGCCAGCCUCUGCCCACAGAUGUUUUCAGACUUAGGCAGAUGCGUAAAGCUCGUGGGAUCUCAACAUCAUCGCAGACACCAACUGGUUCCACGUCGUAUGGUAGUGGCUUCUCUGGCGAGCUUUCCGGUAGCACUGGUUAAAAUAUACUGAGAUGGGGAAAUUCAUGCUUCUCUUAUUCUUGUAAAUUAUUUCUCCGAACAAUUUCAACUUAUGAAAUAACAAAUUCAUGAUGCUUCUCUUUUUCUUGUAUUUAUUUCUCCCAACAAUUCAUUCAACUUAUGAAAUAAAAUAAGCCUCUUUGGAUAA